AUGAUUCCCAAUCAGGACAUCUCCGACGCCCCGCGUCAUGCCGCCUCCGACAGCAGCUCAGUCAAGCCGUCGCCGCCACAGGUAGUCGACGAGAAGACGCGCGACCAGGCGCAUCACCAUCAAUGCACCACCACUCCGGAGGACGGGGGCGUCCCCCGCGUCCCCGGAGCACCCAUGGACGACGUCGAGUACGUCCGGGACAAGAUCGACGCCAUGACGGUCGACGAGGCGCGAGACAUCCUGCGCGCCCUACUCGCGGAGCACGAGUACGACUACAACUUUGCGCAGAGCCUGCGCGACCAGAUGACGGCGCUGCUGGCCGGCCCGCUCGGCGACAAGGACGAGGGCGACUGGGCCGCCGAGCUCAAGACGGUCGCGGCGCUCAACCGCUUCUACUCGCCGUACCCGGAGGUCCGAGCCGUGACCACGCCCGACGACGACGACCCGGACGGCACGAUGCCCUGCGAGACGCCGCGCGCCUACCUCGUCGGCCUCAGCUGGGCCAUCGUCGCCCAGUUCACCAACACGCUCUUCAUGUCGCGCUUCCCGAGCAUCUCGCUCAGCUCCGCCGUCGUCCAGAUCCUGCUGUACCCGUGCGGCCUGCUCCUCGCCUGGGCCCUGCCCGACUGGGGCUUCGUCCUCCCGCGCUGGCUCGGCGGCGGCUCGCGUAUAUCGCUGAACCCGGGCCCCUGGUCGUACAAGGAGCAGAUGCUGGCCACCAUCAUCAUGAACGUCAGCGUCAACGCGGCGUUUGGCUUCGCCAACAUCCAGACGCAGACUAUAUUUUAUCAUGACGACUGGUUGACGGCCGAGUACGGCAUCCUGCUGCUGCUGUCGACGCAGCUCCUGGGGCUCGGCCUCUCGGGCCUGCUGCGCCGCUUCGUCGUCUACCCGGUCGAGGCCAUCUGGCCGGCGCUGCUGCCGACCGUCGCGCUCAACAAGGCGCUGCUGAUGCCGGAGCGGCACCGCGGCGAGACGGUCCACGGCUGGAGCCUGUCCCGGUACCGGGUCUUUUUCAUCUUCUUCGCCGGCAUGUUCCUUUACUAUUGGAUCCCCGGCUACCUCUUCCCUGCUUUAUCUUCGUUCGCCUGGAUGACGUGGAUCGCGCCCAACAACUUUGCUCUGAAUGUGAUGACGGGAAACUCGGGCAUCGGAUUCAACCCCCUCCCGACGCUUGACUGGAACGUCAUCAGCCAAAACGGCGCGCCCCUGGCCAUCCCGUUCUUCGCGUACCUGCAGCAGGCCAGCGGCCAGCUCAUCGCCGCCUUCGUGCUGAUCGCCAUCUACUGGACCAACAGCUCGUGGACCGCGCACCUGCCGCCCAACACGCCCUCCAUCUUCGACAACCGCGGCGCGGGGUACAACAUCACGCGCGUCAUCGACCCGCGGCGCGCCGUCGUCGUCGAGGAAAAGUACCGCGCGUACUCGCCGCCCUUCUACACCGCCGGCAGCCUCGUCAUGUACGGCGCCUUCUUCCUGUUCUACCCGCUCACCAUGGUCUUUGUGCUGCUCGACUCGUGGCGCCCUCUGCUGAAGGCGGGCCGUUCCAUGGCGCGCGCGGUCAAGGAGUCCGUGGCGGGCACGGUGCGCGGCGUCGCAGGGAUGGUCGGGGCGCUGGCGAGGGGAGAUGUCCGCGGCGCGGGAAGGCAUCUCUACGGCAUGUUCAGCAGCGACGGGUCCAUCUACGACGACUUUGACGAUCCCCUGACCAACAUCAUGCGCAAGUACCCCGAGGUCCCGGAUUGGUGGUUCCUCUCCAUCGCCCUGAUCGCGUUCAUCUUUGCCAUUGUCAUCCCUUUACAGUACCCACAGCUCGAGACGCCCGUGUGGACAAUCUUCUUCGUCGUUGCCCUCAACCUCGUCUUCUUGAUCCCGAUGACGUACAUCAACGCCAUCUCCGGCAUCACGCAGGGCUUGAACGUUGCGACCGAGUUAAUCAUGGGCUACGCCCUGCCCGGACACCCCGAGGCCAUGAUCUUCGUCAAGACGUACGGGUGGAACAUCAACGGCCAGGCGGACAAUUACAUCUCGGAUCAGAAGAUGGGGUUCUACGCCAAGAUCCCGCCGCGCGCCAUGUACCGCGGGCAGAUUCUGAGCACCAUCAUCACGGCUUUCGUGUGCUACGGCGUCGUCACCUUUGUCGACACCACCAUUCCCGACAUCUGCACGCCGAACCAAGAGGCCAAGUUCAACUGCCUCGCCGGAUCCGCCCUCAUCUUUGCAUCCUCCGUUGUUUGGGGCGCCAUCGGUCCGGCCCGCGUCUUCUCCCAGCUCUACCCGGCCAUGAAGUACUGCUUCCUCCUCGGCUUCCUGCUGGCCCUCGCGUGGUGGACCGGCAAGCGCUUCGGCCCCCGUCUCCGCCAGGCGCUGCACAACACGCUCCCGGCCGCCGUCUUCCGGCCGGUCGACCGGGCGCUCCUCACGCCGCUCUCGUGGCUCAAGCACGUGCACCCGACCAUCGUCGCCAACGGGGCGAUUGGCUGGGCGCCCAACAACCUGUCGUACACGACGGUCGGGCUCUACUUCUCGUUCGGCUUCAUGUACUACCUGCGGCGGUACAAGACGGCCUGGUGGGAGCGGUACAACUACGUCAUCUCGGCGGCGCUGGGCGGCGGCGUCGCGUUCGCGGCGAUGAUCAUAUUCUUCGCGCUGCAGUGGGAUCCGGUGAGGCUCACCUGGUGGGGGUCGAGCGUGGUGAGGGGGACGAUUGAUGGCGGCGCCGGCCAGCAGUCGCUGCUGCCGUUGCCGGAGAAGGGGUAUUUCGGGCCUGAUAGCUGGUACUAG